ACAACUCAAGGUUUAUUAAACGACAUUCUUAUCCUACAUGGAGUACUAUAUUUUUACAUUAUCACUGUAGUAUUUAUUCAUAUUCGAUUUUAAGCAUGUAUAGCAAAAUUCUCAUAAUUAAAUAUUUUAUAUUCUAUAAAUAUAACUAAUUUUUAUUGUAUGUUUCAAAAUGUUUCCUUAUUGAUAUUACGUGCUCAAUUUCAGUAUUUUGUCAUUACCAACCAUAUAUAUAUUCUGCACAGCCGGGCAUUAUCAAAAGAGCCAACCUUUUUCCACAACUAUACUACUACUAAAAUAAAGCAACUGCUUCGCUUCUCUCAACUUCACAAAAAUAUCUCCUCCUCCGCCAUGAGCUCCCACCAAUCCAUAACCCUAUCAUCCUUCCUUCUCCUCGCUCUCCUCCUUCAACAAGUUUCCGGCGACUGCAGCCGCCAGGACGACGACCAAUCAGCCCGCCACGACCAGGUCGCCGCGCUCAGCUACAAGCUCGCCGCAAUCGCUUCAAUCCUCUGCGCCGGCGCGAUCGGCGUCAGCCUCCCGAUCCUCGGCCGCCGAUUCGCCGUCCUCCGCCCGGAAAACGACGUCUUCUUCAUGAUCAAGGCCUUCGCGGCCGGCGUGAUCCUCGCCACCGGCUUCGUCCACAUCCUCCCUGACGCAUUCCGCAAGCUCUCCUCCCCCUGCCUCGCCCUCAACCCGUGGGGAGAGUUCCCCUUCGCCGGAUUCGUCGCGAUGAUGGCCGCGAUCGGCACGCUCGCCAUCGACACCCUCGCAACCAGCUUCUACAAUCGCUCGCAGAAAUCGAAGCUCGCGAGCGUUGUCGUCGUCGACGACGACGAGGAGGCGGCGAAUUCCGGCGAUGUCCACGUGCACACGCAUUCGACGCACUGCCACGCGCACGGAUCGAACGCGUCAGAUCUAGUCCGGCAGCGCAUAAUAUCACAGGUUUUGGAGGUAGGGGUGGUGGUGCACUCGGUGAUAAUCGGAGUGUCGCUGGGGGCGUCGGAGAGCGCGGCGACGAUAAAGCCGCUGCUGGCGGCGCUGUCGUUCCACCAGUUCUUCGAAGGGAUAGGCCUCGGCGGUUGCAUUUCUCAGGCGAAAUUCAAGUGGGCGACGACGGCGAUUAUGAUGAUGUUCUUCUCGGUGACGACGCCGAUAGGGAUCGGAGCGGGGAUUGGGAUAGCGAGUGUUUAUGAAGAGAACAGCCAAAGCGCUGUGAUUGUGGAGGGGAUAUUGAAUUCGGCGUCGGCGGGGAUACUGGUGUACAUGGCGCUGGUGGAUUUGUUAGCGGCGGAUUUUAUGAACCCUAGGAUGCAUAGUAAUGUUAGGCUGCAAUUGGGAUCACACAUUUCGCUUCUGCUUGGUGCUGGUUGUAUGUCUUUUUUGGCUAGAUGGGUUUGAUUUGAUUUGAUUUGAUUUCAUAACACCAUGAUUCUACUACUUCCCUCUACUCUCUCUCUCUCAAAAUUCUAAAAUUUGGCUAGUUUUGACGAUGAACUAUACGUACAUAUAUGAGUGUGUGUGUGUGUGAAACUAAGAAAAAACACUUCCAAAAAAUAUGAAAUUUUGAUCAUCACCAUAUCCUAGUGCUUUCAUUUCCUGUAAUAAAUCUAGAAAACAUGAAUACUGACUCACUGAAACUAAAAGGAUUGCAUGUACUAGUUGUUAGGUG